GUUAUUUAGAAUGUUAAUUAGUAUUUAGUAAAAUAUACCCUUUGUUAAAAAAAUUUAAUAGUACGAAAAUCUAAUCUAGGUGUAAAUAUCUGUGGUCCAGUUUACGUCCUACGAUUUACAUCUGAUUUAAUAAAGUGGAAAGCUAAACGGGAGUUUUUUUUAUCCCAUCACAUUCCAUUUAAGCUUUUCGAUGGCGGUUGAGUCUUGAGAAGACUAAGCGUCCACCGAACAUCCCGCCCAGUAGAAUUGGAUGAUAUAACCACAUAAUGUUCAACAACAGUACAGAAAGCACAAUCCAUAAUGACAAUAGUAGUAAUCCGUGGAUGCGAAACGUGGAAACAGGACAGGCAGCCGUCAUCGAAGAACUUAUUGCUGAAUUUUCUUCUUCUCAGAUGAGACUUACCGAGGUCCGCAGUAUCCUUCUCAUCGGAAUGUAUAUACCACUAUUUUUAGUGGCGGCAAUUGCUAACUCGGUUGUAAUCGUGGUAGUAAUAAAGUAUCAUUACAUGAGAAGUGUAACAAACUAUUUCCUGGUGAACCUUUCAAUUGCUGAUCUUCUAGUUACAUUUAUAUGUAUGCCAAUGGCAGUUGGUCAGUCAGUUACCGGAUUAUGGUUAUAUGGUGAACCAAUGUGUAAAUUGACAUCAUACUUACAAGGAGUGUCUGUCGGUGCAAGCGUAUUUACAAUUGCAGCCAUGAGUAUUGACCGGUAUUUGGCAAUAGAACAUUCAAUGUCAUUUAGAAAAGUGCUAAAUCGAAAAUCAACAAUCUAUGUAAUUCUAGCCUUAUGGCUAGUCGCUAUGGCAAUAUUUGGCCCGGUUUUGUGGGUUCGACAAACAGAAUCCGUGGAGUUGGGCGAUGACCCAAUUUUAAUAGAUGCUAUCCAUAAAUAUGGACUAGCGUGGUGCAUUGAAGACUGGAGCAAUACACAAACCAAAUUGACAUUAUCUAAACAUGCAUAUGGUAUUAUAUGUUUUGUGUUAGUAUAUGCGACGCCAGGGUUACUUGUAACUGGCGCCUAUACAUUAAUGGGCCGAAGGCUUUGGGUGGUACGUCCACCUUGUGAUGAUCAACAGGGCAUGAUCAGUGUUCAACAGGUUAGAAUGAUUCGUGAAAGACGCAGAGUGGCUAGGAUUUUAUUCUUUUUAGCAGUUAUAUUUGCAUUAUGUUGGCUUCCUUAUAAUCUAUUAACAUUAUUUUUAGAUUUGGAUGUAAAUUUAAUUCAGAUCGGCUUGGACCAAGAAAGCCUUAUGAAAUGGUAUCCCUUUACUUUAUUGUUAGGUCAUGCUAAUUCAGCAAUAAAUCCUUUGCUUUACUGCUUUAUGACAAGAAAUUUUCGAAGAACAAUCAAAGGAUUUGUAUGUAACACAGGUAUUGCAAAACCAAGAAGAAGAAAUCGAUGCAAAGUUUCAGAAGGAGUUAGCAGAAAGGAGCACAACAAGUGGAUGCGGCUCGUACCGCAACCCACAUCGGCUGUACUUCACCCUAGCCCAAUUGCGCCAAAACAAUACCAUUCAAACAAGAACUGCAACCAUAUCAAACCUUGCCGUGCUGUAAAAGAAAAUGUACACUCUGAAUAUAGUUUAUAAUGUUCAAAAUUAUACUAUUUGCGAUAUUAAUUAACAUACCAUGUAUAAAUUUAUUUCAUAUUUAUAUAAAAUUCAAUAUUAUAAUAUUAUUAUAUAUUGUAUUAAAACUUAAAAAAAGCUCAUAAAUUUGCCAAUGAAGUGUAUAAACUUCUUUUAACUAUAUCAUUCAUUUUUUACUAUUUUUCUUUAUAUAUUUUAUAUAAAUCUAAAUAAUCUAAUAUUGUUAAGUGUAUUUAAUUUUCAAGAUUCUAGCUCCU